CUGUCAUCCUUGUGAUUGUGAUCGUUUGUGACUUGUGACGAUUUUAUUGUAAUAUUCUAUUUAUUUAUUAUCACUUCAGCCAUCGUUCAUCACUGUACUUCAUGCUCAUUUUAACAUUGUGGAAUAUUUAGUAGAAUUACUUUGACAAUGUAUUGCUGCAUUUGUGGGUGCGGCAGUAAAUCAACGGAUAGAAGGAAUAAUAAAUUGGCUGGUAUACGAUUUUAUAGUUUUCCUGCUCAUAGCUCUUUUUUGCCAUGGCAAAGCGAAAAAAGAAAACUUUGGAUAGACGCAGUGAGGAGGCAUACAUUUACAACAGCAAGCUGGAAAUUAGACCAAAGAACAAAAUGGAUAGCUGCUGUAAGAAGUGUGAAUACUGGUACUGAUGGAUCGCCAUGGACUCCUCGAGAGCACGAUUGUAUAUGCAGUGCACAUUUUAUCGGUGGAAAAAAAAAAGAUGAGACAGCGAGCCCUAGUUAUAUUCCUACAAUAUUCUCGUCAGUCAGAAAUCCAGUUACAUUUAAACCGAACAGAGCCACGAGAUUAUGCAGUGCUCAUUUUGUUGGCAACAAGAAAUCCGAAAAUCCCCUCAACCCGGCAUACAUUCCUACUAUUUUUUCUGGUAAUAAAGAAGCCUCGCCCACCAGCCCACCACCGGCCCCUCGCCAUCCCCCCAGCGGCGCACCAGCAGCCCCUCGCCAACCCCCCAACAGGGCACCACCAACCCCCCGCCAGCCCCCCCGCAGCGCACCAGCGGCCCCCCGCCAACCCCCCCGCACCGCACCAGACGUGGCAGCAGCCCCGUUUCCCGAGAAGCCAAAACUGUCUGAAGAUGUGCCCACAUUGUGUGUGUUUCCGGCUCUGCAAGUAGUACCCAUUGAACCAUUUGUUCCCAAGGAAGUUGAUAAUUCUUGCAAGGAUUGUGCAUCACUUGCUGUUGGGUUCUCGUUCUGGUGCGUGCAGUGUUGUCGCGGGCCGCUGUGCGGCGCGUGCGCCGAGUGCGCGCCGCACGACGGGCACUACUUGCUACGCACGCCAAAAGGCGCCACGCACAGCCAAACGGAGGCGGUGCUAGCGGUCGUAAGGCAACAUUUGCAGGCGGAAAACUUACUAACACUAUACGAAAUUAAUAACGAUGGUGUGAAAGUGGAAAUAAAGGAAGAGCCAGAGGAGCCUCCGCCGUCCGUUCCGGAGCCCGACCCACUGGACCCGUUAGCCACGCACUACACUGCCACAGGCAAACAGUUUGUUGAAGAUGAAACAGCCAAUCACUGCUUACCAAAGCGUCGGCGAAUCAUGCCUGCAGAAAACAACGCUACCCAACCAAACACUUUGGUGAAGCUUGAACCGAAGACUUUUAUCUCACAAACUAUCGUAAAGGACACGCCUAGCAGUCCUAAAACUGUUUUAAAACGCACACCUGGCGGUCUAAAAAAAGUCUUAUUAAAACAAAUUCCCAGCGGUUCACAACCUGUCUUGAAACUAAAACCCAUUCCUAGCGAUUCCAUUUUAAAAACCAAGCUUGACCGUCUCAAGAGAUCACAAAGUGUCCCAAAAGCCACGUCUACCACCAGAAAAUCUCAAACUGUCUUGAAAAUUAUUCCGAAUGAUCCGAGGCGAAAAACUCUCCUACAAGUCACCCCUAGAGAAACACAGACUGUUAACCAAUCAAGCGAUACUAAAGAGCCACAAACUAAGACCCAACCAGGUAAACUGAAAAUCAAAAGAACCCUUUUAAAAGUCCCACUUAGUGAACUCACUAAGUCAAAAACACUCCUUAACCACCCUAGUGGGUUGAAAACGCUCAGAAAAGUCAAACCAGACGAGAUUUUGGAGCUGGAUAAGAUCCAAAAGAUUCUCAAAGGGAGUUUCCAACAAAAUGAUCUCAAAGGGCAAAAGCUUCAUAAUGUUCUAAAGGGUUUCUCUACACCCCUGAAAGUUACCUCAGAAGCCCCACGGAACAGUGAAUAAUUUAGACUAUUUUAGACGAUGAAGAGUUUUUGGUAUGAAAGUGAUACAUGAAAUUGUCAGCGGCAUAUUUAAUCCUUUUCCUAGCAUAAAACGAUUUAUCGUAUAAUUUUAACGUUAGUAAUUCGAUUUAUGGUACAAAUUGAAUUAGGCUUUCGGAAAAUGUGACUUGUCUUCAAAUGAAUUUUCAAAGCUUGGAAUUGGAAAAUAUUUGGAUUUUUGGGAGAACCGUGUAUAUUGGUGCGGCCUGGAAAGAGGUUAAUUUACCUACAAUUCCUUUAUAUGCACUAUUUUCACUCAUAUUACGAGGUUGAUAUGAUUUAUACUAUUUGAUAGAUGUGUGUAAACUAAUGUGUCCAAUAGCCGCUAGAUCGGACAAAGAAAAUACAGAUGAAAAUAUAUUUGAAAUAGAUGAAAUAAACUAAUCGCCGUACGAACGUAGCGGUCAUCGGUAAACGUAGCACAAAAAUGACGGUGGGACACUGGGCGAGAAAGAACGAUGGGAGAUUGCCAAGACAGGUUACUGAAUGGCGGCUAAGGUGGGUAAAAAGAUCGGAUACGGAGAUGGAGACCAUUUACUAGAUCAGCGGUGCUCAACUUUUUUUUAAUGAGGGCCACAAGGACGGAUUUGCCUAAAUGUGACGUUCGAAUGGCAAAGAUACCAGGGUAACCUGGCGGGCCAUCUAAAAAACCCCAGACGGGCCGCAGGUAGAGCACCGCUGGACUAGAUGAUAUUUGCUGAAUGACAAGCAAUGGAUGAGAGCAUAGGACCGAGGAGAGGCGGAAUAAUGUAGAAGCCUAUACUAGCUCUGAAUAAUAGAAUAAUGGUUAAGACAGAUGUAGAAGAUAAUGCUGGCGUUAGUAGAACGAGACACGCAACAAAGGAGCUUGUGAGAGGUCUAAAUGGUUCGAAUGCUGACUUAGAGCCGUGAUGCAGCUGCAGCGCGUUUUUUCGUUAGAUAUAAGAAAAUGGACGGCCCGAAUAGGCCAACAGAAGACUGAAAUAAAAUGAUAAAAUAUUAGGUA